UAGCUUUUGCGAUUUAGGCAUCUCGUGGUGUUUGAGGCGUACAUUUUAUUUCCGUUUAGUGAAUUUUUCAUUUGCCACUGGUUUUAUUGUUUUUAAAGAUAAAUUUUCCCAUUUUGAACUUUAAUUUUGAAGCUCCUUCCAAUUGAGCAAAUGACAUAUCUCUCUUGAGCAAACCUCUUUGUGAGAAACCUUCACUUUCCUCUCUGAACUUCAAUUCUUGAAUCUCUCUGUUUGUGAGUUGUGAUUCGUCUGGAAAAUUAUCAAUAACUAAUUUGUUCGCCGAGGCACACGCGUAUUUUUUAUUUUAAUUAUGUGUUUAAUCGCCUGGGACAUUUUUCAAGACGGCGACCUACAAAAAUCCACAACGAUAUGUCUUAAUUUAAAAUGAUUUCAAAUGUACUUUGCUACUAUCGCUUAGUACUUCAACACUAGAGGUGUGCUUGAUAUUUUUUAACUUGGAAACAUGAAUCCAGAUUUUCAAAACAUUUGGCCAGCCAAUAUAGCCGGCCAAGGAGAUUCAUUUCCUCCACAGUGGUCCAUGAGCUCUGGAACCCAGUACAACAUGAACGUUCCACAAGAGCAAGUGGAUUGGGCUUCACUUGCUCAGCAGUGGAUCAAAAUGAAAGAGGAGACACCCAUUGAAAAAGAAGGUGGUGAAGCACCGAUGGAACUAACAAAGGACGAACCUGCAUCCAAUCCUGUGCAACAGCAACAACAGCAGCAACCGCAACAGCCUUGGCAACCUACACCUCCACCAGGCAAUUGGACAAACACAACAUGGGGGUGGGACCAGAACAGCGGAUGGUGUUGGAAUACAGCCAAGCCCCCUCCUGCUGCAACAUUUCCAAAUACUUACACUCCACCUGUGAUUCCGGUAGAGCCAGUUGUGCCGAUUCCUGCUCAAAACGUUUUUUGUUACACAGCUCCUCAAGUUCCAGUGCAACAGGAGACGUAUUCAUCAAGCUCUACUUAUUGGUCUGGUUCUGGUGCAGAACCGAAAGAAUCAUGGGAAAAUACAACAAAUUCCAGGAAGAAAGAAAUCGUUGUAGCUGACACCCCUCCUGAGCUAGAUGCAGCAAAACGAAAACAGCUGCCAGCAUGGAUUCGCGAAGGACUUGAGAAAAUGGAACGGGAAAAACAAAAGAAGGCUGAAAAUGAGAAACUGGAGAAACUCAGGCAGGAAGAGUUGCUGAAAAAGACUGAAAUUUCCACACCUACAAACAGCAGUUCUAAUGGCGAACCUCAAUUGCCACAAAAAAGCAAAUUUGAAAGCGAUUCAGAAGAGUCCGAACAAGAGGUAGAACAAGUUCAGGAUCCCAAAAAGUCUCGUCACACUGAAAGCCUCACUAAGGUUGUUCCACUCAAACCUGUUUUUAGGACUAAGGAACAAAUACUCCAAGCUUGUAUGGUUGAUGUAAGGAAAAUUCUCACACAAAUUUUAAUGGAGGUGACAAGUGAGGAAAUUCGCAAAGCAGUCAAUGAAACUUAUAAAAAAUUUAAGAAGAAAGGUAGACAGUGCAUAAAAUCUCCAGCGGCAACCAUUCGCAAGACACCAGCUUUAUCUUCUUUAACUGGAAAGCUCGGACUUGGAAUAUAUGAGAGUGAUUCUGGAAGCGAGAGUGAACAGGAGAAGGUAACUGACCCAGAUUCAGAUCAGGACAUUCGUGACCGGAUUGAAAGGUUGAAAAACGAGUUUGUCAAAGUAGAAGUCCGAAUAGAACGUGAAGUAGCCGAACAGGAGGAGCGGGAAAGGAAGCAGCUGAGAGGAGACGUGAACAAUGAAGGAAGUAUUAAUGUUGAAGAACAGGUACAACCAAUUAACAAAGGUACUGUGAAUCACAAGGAAAAAUAUAACAAUCAAAGUCAAAAGGCAAAAGUUGUGAACGAAGGGAAAAGAGAAAAGGGGAACGAGACUCGGGAAGAACCGAAGGAUGUUAAAAAAGUCAAUGAUCAGAGAAGCCAUUCAUAUAAUUCCAGCGAGUCAAGUAGUACUGAUUCGAGAAGUCCAAGCCCUUAUUACAAAAAGAAGCAUAACAAACACCAUCGCAAACGUUACUCGAGAAGCAGCUCGAGAUCCAGGUCUAGGUCAAAAAGCAGAAACAGAAGCCGUUCUCGUGAUAGAAGACACAAAAAAUCUCAUAGACACAGGUCUGACAGCAGAAAACAGAGCUAUCGAGGAAGAAGGCGCAGUUCCUCGAGCAGCUCUGGAGAACACCGUAAUCGUAAGUCCGGCCGCAGAAGAUAGGAGAUUGUAGGUAAUGUACAGAACAAAACUUUACUAAUCCUGUAAAAUGACAUCAAAAUAAACACGCGCCUACUUGUUUAUUACAUUUUAAAA